AAAAAGAAACAUAAAUCACUUAAUCGGUAUUCCGUAAUCAUUCUGCUCUGGCUCUUGCUCUUGCUCUUGCUCUUGCUCUAGUUGUGGUUGCAGCCUCCUCCAUCUGUGGAUCGCAACAUAAUCUCUCUAAAUUUUGAUUUGUGAAGGCGGUGGAUGGCAAAAAACAACAAGUUCACCGCCAUCAACUUCAACCACAUUUACGACAAAACAACCUCUUCCAACCAUCAAACGCCCAAAACCGCCGCCCCUUCUUCUCUCCCCUCCUCCUCCCCUUCCUUCUCCGCUUCAUAUUCUUCUGUCUCUGCUCCUAACAAACCCCAUGGCCGGAUCCUCGUCCUGACCCGACCCACACCCAAGCCCAUCACUCCACCCACACAACUCCCCUCCAAACAACCCCAACCCACCCCCAUCCAAACCGUUCCCGAUCAACCACCCUCCGACACGAUAUCUCUUCGUCCCCAGGGCCGAACCGGAUCCGGCCCGGUUCUCUCGGGCCCCAACCUCAAGGACAGGGCGGUGCACGUGGAGUCGCCGCCUCCGCUGAUAUCUCCGAAGCCCGACAAGUUUGUGCCGCCGCACCUUCGGCCCGGGUACGUGCCGAAGGUGGAGGAGGUGCCGCCUGGGCCGGAGAUGGGCCGGGGCAGGGAUUUGAACUAUAGGAGGGGUGCACAUGUCGGGUCGCCGGGCAAGUAUGGGGAAGAUGGGCGGCCCAAGUCUGGCGGAUACGAGAGGAUUAGGAGGGCUGGCGGGUCGGAUGCCGGGUUGAUGGGCCGCCCGAGAUCAUCCAGUGGGAGUCGACCUAGUUCAAGUGGAUGGUACGUUUUUCUUUUCCACUUUUUAAUUUUUAAUUUCCCUUCAAUAGUUACUGUUCAUGUGGAUUUUUUGUGGAUUGUUUGGCCAAUUUAUUGUUCCUUUUAAUGGCGUUGACAUUUUAUAGAAUUUUUUUCAUUUUUUGGUUUUGUGGGUUUGUCGUUUCUUGGAUUUUGGUGGAACGUCAUAGUGGUAGACUGAUAGGUACUAGGAAUCAUCAAGCCAAUAAUACCUUUGGCUGUUUUUGUGGAUUAUGUUUAUUGUUUAGAGUAAUUGUUUUGGUAUAUGUGAAUUUUAUUAGUAGAUGUUAAGUUAAUUAUCUUCCAGUAAUAGUAACUUUGGUUGUUAAUAUGGUUCGAAACUACCUACUGGUUUUGCUAAUUCUGGUGUUGAUAUGUAAUCCGAACCAACUAUUUUCUAUUUGUACAGAGAAAUGAGACCUGUAACGGCUGCCUUAGUUGUGAAAAUUUUCUGUAGCUACUAAGUUAUUAGUUAUGACUUAUGAAUGUUUGUCGUGGCAUGGUUAUUUUAGAUAUUUGCCUGAUAAGUUGACUUUUGUACUAUCUAGUGGGUUGGCCACUUGCCAUAUUGUAAUGAGCUAUAUCUUAUUUAUAUGCCUUUAUUAGAUUGGGCUAGAUUCAAGUACUUGCUAAAAUUUGAUCACAUUACUUGCUAUCAAUCAUACAACCUUCCAUAUUGGUAACAAGAAAUGUUUUAGGUACUCAUUUUGCUUUGCACACCGAGUUAGUACAUGCUAAUUCUAUAAUUUGAUGGAAUGACAAA